AUGGGCCGUCGCAGAGGAGAGCCGCCCAGCUUGGAAAACUAUCUACACCGCCGGUUGGGCAAGCAAGUAUGCGCCAGCGCGACUUCGCGCCGGGCUGUGCCCGUUGUUGACAACACAGCCAAUCGAGUGCCAGGUCGGGCAGCCAUGGAGGGUGCUGAGAUGGAGGGGUCAGAAGCUGGUGGUUGUUGUUGUUGUCGUGCCGAAAGCGCCCGACUCGCAGCCCACAUGUUUGUCCCGAGGGCCCACUUUUCCAACCCUGCCUCCCCAAAGGCUCGGCACAUGCCAGAGCCCACCGAGGCCAGUUCCGACUCUCGGGCAGUGCCCGGAGCCGGCAAAACACCCUCCAGGGAGCCCAUCCCAAGUGAUCGGCCCCUCCCAUCCAGGUUUCUGGGUUUUCGUGCUCUACAGGGCCGAUGA